CACCUCGGUCAUGGAGGGAGGCGUUGUCGCUGGUCCGGAUGUUGGGCACACACCCAACCAAUAACGGGCGGCCCACCGGACCUUGGCUAGACUCUUGUUACCCAGCCCGGCUUUGUUUCACCAGGAAACGGAUUAUCAGCUUACGAACCGUCUCAACAUAUUAAACCCGCACCAAGAGUAGUGUGCACCCACGGACAAUCGUUGCUAACCAUGCCAUAGUAGUAGCUCCUCGUCACCUUCCAACUUAUAGUUUCUUGUUCCUAUCCGUCCGUACUCCUGGGAGAUCCAGGACGCGGCGCCCUCCAGGCUCGCGGCGUCACCACGCAAUUUCGACGCUUCCUCGGGACCGACCCGCGAACUUGCUAGCUGAACUGCCGUCCAAUCGCAGCCAUGAGUUCCAACACUUUCACGCAGGAAGGUGCUGAGGCAACACGUGCCGACCGAGGCCCCGAGGCCAUCCCGGCUACUACAGACUUCCUUCACAUGCCGGCUGUGCGCGCCGCCCUACCAUUCAUCAACGGUGGCCUCUCCGGCAUGGUCGCCACUACCGUCAUCCAACCGGUCGACAUGGUGAAAGUCCGGUUACAGCUCGCUGGAGAGGGCAUCUCCUCGGGGCCGAAGCCAACCGCCCUCUCUAUCACGCGGGGGAUCCUGGCCGAAGGGAAGGUCCUCGACCUCUAUACUGGGCUGUCCGCUGGCCUCCUCCGCCAGGGCGUCUAUACAACUGCGCGCCUCGGCAUAUUCGACACCAUCAUGGGACGCCUCACGACGCGCGCCCGGGAAAAUAACACCCGUGUCAGCUUCGCCGAGCGUGCGGGCGCUGGUCUGGCGGCCGGUGGCAUCGCCGCUUUCAUAGGCAACCCGGCAGACCUGGCCCUCGUACGGAUGCAGGCAGACGGUCUCAAGCCGCUCGCCGAACGCCAAAAUUACAAGUCUGUCGCCGACGCCCUAACCUCGAUCGUGCGUUCCGAGGGCGUACGCGCCCUGUGGGCCGGGGCAACGCCGACUGUCGCGCGCGCGAUGGCGCUGAAUCUGGGCCAACUGGCGUGCUUUUCGGAGGCCAAGGCACAGCUGCGCACGCGUACGGACUGGUCGCCUCGCGGGCAGACGCUAGCCGCCAGUGCUAUUGCCGGCUUCUUCGCCUCCUUCCUUAGCCUGCCCUUUGACUUCGUUAAAACCCGGCUACAGAAGCAGCAGCGCGGGCCGGACGGCCGACUCCCUUACCGUGGUAUGGCCGACUGCUUCGCCACCGUCGCCCGCCAGGAGGGGCUGACGCGGUUUUACCGCGGCUUCGGCACAUACUACGUGCGCAUCGCGCCGCACGCCAUGGUAACCCUGAUCGUGGUCGACUACCUCGGCUGGCUGACAAAGUAAACGCUCGAUGAGCAAUUGAACGGAUAACUUUUCCUCCUCCGCGGCGACUACCCGAUCUCUGGUUUUCCUUUUUUCCUUUUAGAGGCCGGUUUUGCCAUCUCAGCGCAACCAUUGGUUUGAGAAGGGUUUUGGGUGGAAAGAAAGUGGCUGGUCGGCGGCGUUCACGGGGCGGCUUAUCUGGUUUAUUUGUUCCAUCCAGCGGGUUUGAAAGCGUCACCCUUGCUAUCUUCACGU